ACAUCAGACAGCCGCAGGUUGCUGCUAUUGCAGCAGGAGCAAUGGACUAGUCACGGAUCUGAGGUUAAUAAGUGGGAGGAAUGGCUUGAGAUUAAACAAAAAAAAAGCAACGAGAGAUGAGCAAUAUCUGACAGUCUUGUUGGAAAUUGCUGCAGUGCUCUUUUUCCAGGUGUAGUGUAUUAUCAUACAGAUUGACUAAACUGGGCAACGGAGUCUCAUGUCACAUGUGCUUCAUAGGAAGAAACGGGGCAUCUGCAAGCUGGAUCUGGAGGAGGAUGCUGCGGCAAAUGAUACACAGAGGGCUCAAAGCUUCUUUCUACUGGCUGGGCUUAUUUGUUAGUAGGCAUCCGGUUUUUUUCCUCACCGUUCCCGCAGUCUUAACCAUCAUUUUCGGAUCUACAGUGCUGAGCAGAUUCAAGCCCGAAACGGACCUCGAAAUACUGGUUGCCCCGACCCACAGCUUUGCUAAAGUAGAGCGGAGUCUUGCGAACAGCCUUUUCCCCAUCGACCAGUCAAAAAACAAGCUGUAUUCCGACCUGCACACCCCCGGCAGAUAUGGCAGACUGAUUCUACUGGCCAAGUCUGGGGGAAAUAUAUUGGAGCUAGCCGACCAGGUCCUGCAGGUUCACAAGCAGGUGUUGGAUUUGAGUGUUAAUUACAAGGGAUUCAAUUACACUUUCGCUCAUCUCUGUGUCCUGAGCCAUCAGGAUAAGCGAUGCAUCUUGGAUGAUAUAAUUACGAUAUUUGAAGAUAUCCGUUUAGCUAUUCUGUCGAAUUAUACUUUCUCGAAGGUGCCCGUAAGCUAUCCAAAUACAACCUUAAAGGACGGUCGUGUGUCUUUCAUCGGCCACCAGCUGGGUGGAGUGGCCUUCUCGCCCAACAGCCGAGACCAGCAGGUGAAGUUUGCCCGGGCCGUCCAGAUCACCUACUACCUCCGCAAUCAUGGCCCCGUGGUUCAGGACGUCAUCGCAGAGAAAUGGGAGAACGCCUUCUGCGCCCUCAUCACGCGCCUGUCCACGCUCAGCGAGGACCUGCACAUCCAGUCUCUCACCUCCUUCAGCCUGUGGAGGGAUUUCCACCAGACGGGCGUGCUGGCUAAAGGGGAGGUGCUGGUCAGCAUGGUGCUCCUCCUGCUGGCAGCCACCAUCUCCAGCUCCAUGAGGGACUGCCUGAGGGGGAAGCCCUUCCUGGGUCUACUGGGUGUGCUCACCAUAGCCAUCGCCAACGUGACUGCAGCUGGCAUCUUCUUCAUCUCCGAUGGGAAGUUUAACUCCACGCUGCUGGGGAUCCCCUUCUUUUCCAUGGGUCAUGGAACCAAAGGAGUGUUUGAGCUCCUGGCGGGCUGGAGAAGAACUCGAGAGAGCCUUCCCUUCAAGGAGCGCGUUGCAGACGCCUUCGCCGACGUGAUGGUGUGCUAUACCAUGACCAGUUCCCUCUACAUCAUCACCUUCGGCAUGGGUGCCAGCCCCUUCACCAACAUCGAGUCGGUGAAGAUCUUCUGCCAGAGCAUGUGCGUGGCCGUCCUGGUCAACUACUUCUACGUGUUCUCCUUCUACGGUUCCUGCUUGGUGUUCGCUGGUCAACUGGAGCAGAACCGCUACCACAGUGUGUUCUGCUGUAAGAUCCCCUCAGUGGAGUACCUGGACCGUCAGCCCACCUGGUUCAAGACCAUGAUGAGUGACGGCCAUGACCACGUCACGCACCACGAGGUCUUGCCCUACCACAACCACUUCAUCCAGCACUUCCUGAGGGAGCACUACACGGAGUGGAUCACCAACACCUAUGUCAAGCCCUUCGUGGUCAUCCUCUACCUGAUCUACGCCUCCUUCUCCUUCAUGGGAUGUUUACAAAUCAGUGAUGGAUCCAACAUCGUCAACCUCCUAGCCAGCAACACGCCCAGUGUGUCCUACGCCACGACCCAGCAGAAGUACUUCAGUAACUACAGCCCCGUGAUCGGCUUCUACAUCUAUGAGCCCAUCGAGUACUGGAACUCCACAGUGCAGGAGCACCUCACAACGCUGAGCCACGGCUUCAACAAGAUCUCCUGGAUGGAUAACUACUUUCAGUAUCUGAAGGUGGUGAAUGUGAGCGCCUCGACCAAAAGUGAUUUCAUCACCAUCCUGCAGGGCUCCUUCCUGCGCAGCCCGGAGUAUCAGCACUUCAUGGAGGACAUCAUUCUGUCCAAGACAGAUGGGGAUGAAAUGGAGAUCAUCGCGUCCAGGAUGUACCUGGUGGCACGGACCACGGAGAAGACAAGGGAGGAAGUGGUGGAGCUGCUGGAGAGGCUCCGCCCACUCUCGCUCAUCAACAACAUCAAGUUCAUCGUCUUCAACCCCACCUUCGUCUUCAUGGACCGUUACAGCUCCUCCGUAGUGUCGCCCAUCCUCACCUCGGCUUUCAGUGUGCUCACCAUCCUCAUCCUCACCUUCUUCCUAGUCAUCAACCCUCUGGGGAACUUCUGGUUGAUCCUGACCGUCACCUCUGUAGAGCUGGGGGUCCUGGGCCUCAUGACCCUCUGGAAUGUACACAUGGACAGCAUCUCUAUCCUGUGCCUUAUUUAUACUCUAAACUUUGCCAUGGAUCACUGUGCACCCCACCUGUAUACCUUUGUACUGGCCACGGAGCACACCAGGACCCAGUGCAUUAAGAUCUCGCUGGAGGAGCACGGGGCGGCCAUUUUGCAAAAUGCCUGCUGUUUCAUUAUCGGGAUGUUGCCCUUGGUGUUUGUGCCUUCCAACCUGACCUUCACACUGUUCAAGUGCUCCCUCCUCACCGCAGGCUGCACAGUGCUGCACUGUUUUGUUAUCCUGCCUGUGUUUCUAACGUUUUUCCCCCCGUCCAAAAAAAGGCACAAGAAGAAGAAACGGGCCAAACGGAAAGAGAGAGAGAGGGAGCGGGAGAUGAUGGAGAGGGAGAGAGUGAGGGAAAGGGAGGAGAUAGAGUGCAUUGAAGUCAGGGAGAACCCUGAUCAUGUGACUAACGUCUGAGAGGCCGUGUGUCUGAGCGGUGAGCGGCGAACGUUGAGCGUCAGCGGGACGGUCUUCAGUGAUUGGUGGGUGAGGCGUUGGAAGCCGUUCCUAAAGUGAAGGUGACCAUGUGGUGUAGCACCUCACAGGGCCCAAGGGGUUAGAGCUGACCGGUCCUCAGAGGGAGGAGGGAGAGAUAGGCUAGCAGCCAUGACCCAGUCAGACAGCCAGCAGCCAUGCUGUCCAGAGUAGAAACCAGACCAGAUCAGACCCAUAGAUCAGCUAUGCCUUCAGACUGGACGGGACAGUGUAUAUUAUCUGCACAGUCUGCUCAUGGUUCCCUCUGCUGUUCAUACAGACACAUGCACACAGCCAGGAUGCAACUACAAACGCCUACAUUCACUUACAGUGUUAUGUGUAUGUGAAUAGUACAUCUUAUUUUAACAAUUGUAAAUCUACAGUACCUUGAGCAAAGCAUGCUAGCAUGACAAUGAGAGACACGUCUACCUCCAGGAUGGUUGUCAAAGUUAUCUAAAUUGUUUUCUACCAUUUGUCAUAGUAAAUCUGGCCAUUCACUGGCAUAUAUGACCACCCUUCUAGUAUGAUUAGUUUGAUGAAUGACAGGCAGAAGGAUCUAUACCUUUGAAUUUGUUUGAGAGUACACAGAGAUAAUGAAUACCAACAGUACAUUCCAUUCUGUCUUUUCGGUGAACACCCAAGCGAACAGCUGAACUGGGCAGAUGGCAUACACUGUGUCCAUUAUGAAGAAUUAUCUUGCACAGUACAAUUGUCAAGGUACAUUUUACAGGAAGACAAGUAUAUCUGCUUUAUUUCUGUUUUCACAUCUGUUCUUAGCCAACAAUUACAGUGGAACUGCAGCAAGGUACGUCAUUUAACAGAGUCAUGCAUGUUCUAGAAAUCCUAGCAGAAUGAACUAGGUGUGAAAGGGCCUCUUUAGAGCAGUAAAACCAAAAGGAUGGAGUACUGCAGAGGUUGAAGAUUGUAUUGCCAUACUAACUGGGCUCGGAUAUGGGGUCAUCUGAACAUCAUGGUUGACGAGGCAUGGUUAGUGUCUAACACAUUUCAGGGUCACACGUUUUGAUGGCCCAUGAUUAUGGGUCAUGAACAAAAUAAAUGAUUGGGUGGGUUAGACACGACAGGCUACAUGUUAGGUCAUCAUUUAAUCAGAGAUACUGUAUAUUAGCUCUUUUUGUUUGUGUGAAAUUCUAUGGUGCCAAAUAAUUAGAGAGAAAAACAACUUUUGGGUGCAGAUAAAACACUUCUUGAUUUGUUUUGUAAAUGUGGACAUUCUGUCAAAUGAAACCAUGAUGUAAAAGACGUCUUAUUGGUUCUAACCUCAAAGCAAUGUCGUACGUCACAAUUAUUCUAGUUUAAGCAACCAUUGGUAUUCAUAUUCCAAUGGCUUUUAUGGUCCCAUGCUUGAUGUACUUUAGAACUUUCCAGAGAAUAUCAACGUUCUCCUCCAGUAGCCUCUCUACGAUCCAGAGUGGCCAAAAUGUAGUCCCUCUCCCCUGGGGAAAACCAAGCGCAUUAACUAGCUACGUCUGGAUAGGAUCUCUGUAAGGGCUGAGAAGAACACUCUCAAAGUCAGACUGCAGGGGAUAGUCAUCACGAACCUCUGGCACAUUAUCUUAGUGGCUUGUGGCAUGUGACAGAGUGCCUCUCAUGUCAAAGGAUGUGGCUGUCCUUAGGUUAUUCUUAUUUGAAAGUUAUGACUUUUGAGAAAGCAUUGCUGUCUUUAUAUGUUGCUUGAAAGGGUUGAGGUUCUCCUCAAAAAGGACAGAUAAAGCUAGCAGGGCAGCUGAGGCAGCUUUGUGUGUGUUUGGACCAAAAGUUAGAGAAGCUUACGUGAGAAAAAUGGUUAGUAGAAAUAACCAUCAUGAAAGCAUCAUGUUGUAGGCGUACAUAUUAAUGUAAAGAAAAGAAGAGUGGUUUAUACUUCAGUAUGAUAGUUCGCUAGUUAUCAAGAUAAUGCCUUUAACUGCUCAUGGGCUUUCCCAUUCCUCCGUUAGUGAAAUAAAUGCAAUUAAAGGGGUCCUCCAUCAUGAAAUAAUCACCCUCCUUACAAAAUGCUUUGUCUCAGUGUUAGCAAAGAAUGAAUCUCUCAUGUUAAGAAUGUUGACAAGGUAAAUCCCUAAUUUCAUUCUCAAAUCUCUUGUCUGUGGUGAUGAUUAAUCAUAAGCAUUUAAACGUAAAUAGCAAGAGAGAAUCUGGUACCUUUUAACCAGACAUAGUUUAGUGAGGGGUAUAGGCUAGCUACAACACCUGCAGCUGUUGGUUUCUCUGCAUUUUGUAAAAGCCAUGUCAUAUAUGUAUAGCAAGAAAGCAUGAACAUUUAAUAUAAUGGGAACAAAAUGUCAAUUGAAAUCAUUGACUUCCCAAAAUGACUGUACGCAUGGCACUGUAAUGUAUGUAUGCAUGUAUUUAAUUUUUGUACAUUUAGUCUUUGUAUCCUCAUUUUGCUACUCUGUAGUAACCUAUUUCAAUGCAUAUUCUAUAACAUCUUGUGCAAAAAAAGAACAAAAUGUCCUUUAUGUUCAACAAGACAAAAGCCAGAGAAUCACAUUAUGACAUGUAAUAUAAUUGUAUAUGAUUUUUUUGUAAGAUUUUAUAAGAAAAAUAGGAAAGAACUCUAUAAUAUAAGAUUUUUUUAAGAAUGACAUUUUAUUAUAAAAAAGCAAUAAAGAAAAAAAAGGUUGAACACAGUAGGCCAGUAAUAAACUGUGGAAUGCCAACAGUAUACAGAAUAGGUCGACCCAUCGCACACUGCAGUGGACCUACAUGUUUGUUGUGCUUCAACAAAUGUAACAUGUUUUCUAUGGGGAGACUUCUUUGUUUGUUUAUUUGUUUGUUUGUCUAUUGCUCACUACCUGGCCAUUAUAUUACAGGGAAAUAUUACAGCCUCUUUUCACUACACCACAAUUUUAUCUGGCUUGGUUUUAGUCUACCAGAAUAGUUUGCAACAUAACAAACAUUAACAACAAAGUAUUUACAUUUUAUACGCUGAAAAUGUCUAAGACUGAGCUUAAAGGCUUGCCGUGCUGUUAUGAACCAUAUGUACAUAACUUCUGUUGAAUAUCCAGAUUACAAUAUGAUUAUACAUGAUCCAUGAACAUGCUUAACCUUCCAAUAACUUUCAUUGCUUUUUUGCAAGACUCUCAUGAUACAGGAUAGUCGAUUCAUAUUUUCAAAUACUCUGCUUGCUGUGGUUACUGUGUACAAGUCAUCUCUGAUGAAGCUAUGUUUAAUGCUGUCUUUCUGAGUCUACUGUGUGUUCAAACGUGCGACCAAUCAUCACUUGUCUAACUUCACUGUCUGCUCCGCUGAGAAGUCAGUACCUCCACCAAUGUUUAAUUUGUCAUCAUUAAGUAUUCAAUAUCCAAAAUACACUACGUGGCUGUCCAGUGUCCAGAUCCUCUCGAUCUCCAAACUCCCUUGCUUAUGAUUUUAUUUAUCCCUUAAAUCAGGCUGUCUGAUGCAGUAAUUUGUUGGUGCUUAAAGUAUGUGUGGUAGGGUGUAAUUUGGAGUUUGGAGUUUGGACAGAACGUGGUCACUGAUUGAGGACAUCCGUGAAGACGUCAUUAUCUGAGGUUUGGUAUUGAUCACUGUGGUGUCUGAUGCUCUAUGUGUGAAUAUAAAAACCCAAACACUGUUAUUGAGUAGCAGAUGAUAUCAGGCUACUUUAAAAUUUCACCACACUUUGUCAUACUAAGUAUAGGCAUCAACCUGCUGCAGUUGGGCUCAUGAUACUAGCUUAUACUACUUGCCAGGAAAACACUGCAAUAAGAUGUGUGAAACAACCAUUGAGCAUGAUGACUGAAUUAGAAUAUUGAAAGAUGCAUAGGAAAGUCAGAAUAACCCAAGCAGCAGGUUAACUAAUGUCUGCCCCUCAAUCAUACACAAGCAUAGCUAAGUUUGCAUGUUCAGGUAUACAACAACACAGUGCAAUAAGAUUAUGCAAUUAUAAACUGUGGUUGACUACGCUGCAUUACUGUUAUAACAGCAAGAACACAUUUAUUCUGUAUUGUUAGGUAUCCAUUUCCUCAUUGGUUGUAACCCUGACAGUGGAGGCUACUGAGGGGAGGACUGAUUAUAAUAAUGGCUGGAAUGGAGCAAAUGGAAUGGCAACAAACUAUGUGUUUGAUGUAUUUGAUACCAUUCCACUGAUUCCGCUCCAGCCAUUACCUCGAGCCCCUCCUCCCCAAUUAAGGUGCCACCAACCUCCUGUGAACCCAGCCAAUGUAUUUUCUGCUCAUUCAUCAAUACUGUAGUCAUCCCCUUUUUUACAUUUGCAAUUUCAUAUAGAAUUUCUACACCACAUGUCAAUGUCAACAAUUGAGUACUGCAGUAGGAUUUCCCCCCUUAGAAUAAGCAACAGACUGAAAAGGGAACUGUCUCAACAACUUGUGUGUGCUAGGCCAGUUUAAAUACAAUGCUGCUAACAUAGUGAACAUCCAUGCCAGCCAUCUUUCAGACAGUACAAAUUGCUCAGUGUUAAAGAUAGAAAGUCUUGGGUGAAUGACUUGAUAAUUUAUUUGGAGUCUGGAUUAGGCUUGAAAAUGCUAAUGUCUGAGGCUAUGUACGUGUCGUCAUACGCUUGAAACAACAUGUCUAUGUGCACGUCAUAAGCUCUACAUAAGGCUGUGGGGUCCAGGAUGGAUGCACACCAUUCAUCUACAAUGGAAUUACUUUUAAUUUGUCAGAAUGGUUUGGUUGCAUUGCUUUGUUUUUCAAUGCUUUAUGUGUCUUUUAUGUAAAAGAACAGUUUGGAUUCUGGUAAAUGGUUUGUCGGUGCUGUUGUGAUCCUGUCAGACAGAGUUGAAAACUGGUGGUGGGUUGAGAUGACUGUACAUCAAUCAAUACAUAGUAUUUGGAGUUUGAUUGUGACCAAGGUUGAGUGUUAUGUUGGAUAUGCUGUACAUAGAUAGGAUACAUAGAAUGUAGGCCCUGAAUCAAGCAGCAAGUGUAAGGAUGUGGUUAUGACAACAAUGCGUGUUUGUGUACUAUAGUUAACACACCUCCUAAUCCCUAAAAUUACACUUUAUUUACUUUGCAUACACCAACUGUAACCACUAUGCUGCUAUGAGGCUUAUGGUGAAAACAGAUGACAUUGCAUGAGGAGUAAUCACAGCUUUGUUUAAGUGUACAUCAGUGUAGGCUCCUCAAAGGAGGAAGGGGAGGACCAUCCUCCUCUGUGAAUUUCAUGAAAAUAUAAAUUGCGAAACAUUAAAAAAGUAAUACUUUUUAGAUAAAACUAUUAUUUAGUACAUCACGUCACCAAAUAAUUGAUUAAAACAAACUGUUUUGCAGUGGAGGUCUACAGUAGCCUCAACAGCACUCUGUAGGGUAGCACCAUGGUGUAGCCGGAGGACAGCUAGCUUCCUUACUCCUCUGAAUACAAUGACUUUAAUACAAAACCUAGGAGGUUAAUGGUUCUCAUCCCCUUCCAUAGACGUACACUAAUUAUGACAACUUCCAGAGGAUGUCCUCCAACCUAUCAGAGAUCUUGCAGUAAUAACUGACAUGUUGUCGACCCAAUCAAAGGAUCGGAGAAUUAAUAUGUUUGUGAAAGCAUCAUCUACAGCUAGAUAGCACUGCAGUGCAUACAAUGUGGUGAGUGUUUGGCUCAAAGAGAGAGAAAGACCAUAGUUGAACAGUUUUGAAC